AUGCAGCUAGUUGUUUUAAUUCUAGUUCUUACUUCAGCUUUUAAUGUUUUGGUCGUCUCCGAUAUGUUUCGUCUUCGCACAUUAAGAUCUGGGGAUAUAAUCACAAUGGAGGACGGCCCGCUGGACGAUGCAAAUGUGACAAAUGAAAACAAUAGGUUACGUAUUAACAAGGAUAAAACAGACCUCUACGCAGCGGUAGAUGAUGACCACCAUUUGUUAUUUGCUAACAACUCCUAUGCCUCGGAAAAAACCGAAGGCUACUUUCAACAAACAUCUAAGCAUGUGGCUUCUUCACCAUUUUCCAUAAAAGAUGGAUAUCUGAAUUACAAAAAUAGUAAGAAGUUUUACGCAGUUGCCGAGGAUAAUGGUUAUACGUUGUAUACAAGGGCGGCUGGUGGCGAUGCCGUUGAAAUUGUCCUCAUGGUUGAGUCCAUUGAUGGCAAAGAAAUUCCAGAUUUUCCUUAA